GGGUGUGGAAAAUUUAUUUCUUAAUAUUUUGGUUUUAGAAGUUGAUGCCUCUAAAGUAGUAUUGGUUUCUAUGUUUGAUCGUGGUUCUUCAUGCUCUUCGUUUAUUACUUUAGGUUUAUGCGUAGGAGAUAUUGAUUCUUGCAAGUAAGGUGCAACCUCUGAUGUUUUAACAUCGUCAAUAAUUACCCUUUGGGGACGAUUUUCCAACUCGUGCUUGAGUUGACGACGUUUUUUAUAUAACCAAUUAUAUUUCUUUGCUUUUACAUCUUCAGAAAUUUUUGGAUCAUUCAAUGUCAAUGUAAUUUCUGCAUCCGUCUGUGCCUUCUCCCUUUGUAAAAAGUCAUCACCUCUAAUCAUAGACAGAAGCGUAUGAUAUUCGGUUUCAGGCACCAUAAUCAUUUUCUUUGUAUGUUUCAUUCUUGAGUGAAUUUAUGAAUAAUAUGUUCCGUUAAUGCACCUAGAAUUGGCACUAGAAUUGCUGCUAGAGCGGCGCUACCUCCUUGUUGGAUACGAUUUCUUGCACCCUUUUCAGUACGCGUUCGAGCGAUUGCUCUAUAGAAGUCCGCAAAUUGAGCUAAUUUUUUACGCUGUCUCGUACUUAGGAUGA